CUAAUGACUAGUGAGUUGGCAUGUUGGCAAUCCUGAAUUUGAGGUUAUGUGUUAUGUUAUUAACACGCACUAUUAUUUUCAAACAUUUUAAAUUUCAAACCUGUGUUUCAAACAUGUUUCAAACUACUUAAAAAGAAAUUGUAGCUACGCACAUGUUUCAUUGAUUUCUUAAAACAAUUGUAGUUUUUGUAAAAAUGGUAAAUGAGAAUGAAAGCAACAAUUUAAUUUUUUGUAUGGAAGAUAUCUUGAAGCACUCAAAUAAUGACGCAGACAAUAUGAAAGAAACACAAGUAAAAGAAAAUACACAAACAAGAGCUGGGAAUAAAAAAUCUAAAAAAGAGACUGUUAUAAAGGGAAAACCAAAGUCUGGAAGAUUCUGGAAAUCGGAGAGAAAGAAAUUUUCCACAUCAAUUAAAACAAAAGGUCUGAAAAAUUCUUUUGAGAAAAAGGAAGCAUUAAGAGAGAAGCUCAAACAAAUAAAACAGGUGACGAAAGAACUCAUAGCUAAAAAACAAGAAGAGAAAGAACUUAAAAAGGAGAGGAGAAGAGAAAAUUUAAAGAGGCAGGAGGAAAAUCGCAGAAAAUCGGAAGUGGUACAAGUGAUAACAAAUACAACAAAACUGAAGAGAAUGAAGAAAAAACAGCUUAGAUUUAUUGAAAAAAGGGACACUACGGUAUAUGGAACUGUGGGUAGGUAAACCAUAAUUAUAUUGAAAAUAUGGCAUAUUGCUAGAUAUAUUGGUAUACCGAUAUAUUUAAUAAUAAUAUGUAAAAAGAAUAUAAACAAGUUAUGAAAUU